CAGGAAUUGACAGAUGAUCGAAGGUAGGCAACCAUUUAAUUGUUUGGAAUCAGAUUUUUGUUAUGAUUGGAGUGGGAAUGCCAAUGUUGUGAACGUCAUCAAGUGUGUGUGCGGGUUUGUUGGUUACUCACUAAUGUGCUUAUCCGGCUUCGUUCGCAAGGUAAACUGCGUGCUAAUAGAAGCGAGAUGUUAACGACCGACGAUUUUGAUGAUGGCUACCUCUUCAAAUGUUCACCGGAUUCAUCCACCAACGACUCCUUCAUGACAGAUUAUCUGGGCUCCGACGAGGACUUCCUGCAGCAAUUAUCCUCAGGCCUGGACAUUCCGCUGUUACUCAACCCCAACGAUGAUGAGUUAGGCGUCCUAAACUCGUUCUUGGAUAAGAGUCCCGAUGAAAUCCUAUCCGAAAUCACAUCGCCGGUGCCGCACUCGGACUAUCCCGAUUCGGAGAUCCAAUGGACGGCCAAUGUCAUGCCGAUCGUGAAAACGGAGUACGAGACUUGCGAUGAAUUCUACAAUUCGGAUUCGGUGCAGUCAGGGUCGCCGACCCCGUCCCAUUCUAGCGAUGGAUCUAAUGGCAAAACGGAUAUCAAGGACGAAAUUUUCAUCGAUACGCCCCCCAUCUCACCUAACGACGGGCAGCAGAACGUGGCGCAGCCGUUGCACAUCAACCUGGUGCAGAAACUGCAGCCACACCAGUCCAGGCACCAGCGGCUCCAGCAGAAGCUUCCCUAUACAAUACCUACAAAGCACAAGAAGAAACUAUUCGUCGUAUCUCAGAACGAAACGCCCACGCACAUGGUCAAGAACAAGAACAGCAACAUAGUAAUAUUUGAAAACCUGCGAGCUGUGCCGGUUAAUAGACUACCAACAAUUCAACCUAUUUCCAACGUGCCAGUCGUUGUAAAGAGCGAACCGAUUCUCAAAAUUCGACCGGAUAUUGAUCCUAAAGCGCUGAAACGGCAGCAGCGAAUGAUCAAGAAUCGCGAAUCCGCAAACUUGUCCCGCAAAAAGAAGAAAGAAUAUCUGACUUCGUUGGAGAAGCAAGUGCAGGACUUGACUGCAGAAAAUGAACAGCUCAAAAGGGAAAAUUCCCAGCUCAAGCAGAGACUUUCAGGAUUGGGUGGAUGCAAAAUAAUGGUGAAUGGUAUUCAUAACAAGACUGCUACCAAGGGGAUGGUUCUCUGUAUUUUUUUGUUUGGACUUGCAGUGAAUACAAGCGUAUUUAGAAAUCCGUUCAAUAACAAUGACUCACUUCCCUCGGACUUGGACAAUCAAGUGCCUUCAAUUUUACACCAGAAUGGAAGACACCUGCUGUGGCAGGAGGAAGAAAUCGUGGAAGCGCCACCGAAUGUGACGACGAAGACGUUGCCAUUGCCGAUGUGUCCGAUGCUCGUGAACCAAACGGAGAGUGUACGAUUAGCGCUGGAAUUGCACAGGUGGAUCGGUAAACCGUACAACGUAUCCGAGGAUUUCAUGGUUUCGCCGCCGAGGCCAAAAAUAAGGACCAUAAGGUCUAGGAUCAAGAAACGCGCAAAGAGCAAGCUGAAUAACAUUGAUGAACCUGUGUUAUCCUCGGUGUACAGACUGGGGAGGCGCACUAGGAGGAUACAACCUAUCACCGAGAACGAGCUUCAAGUCUUCGAUCCGACACCGGAACAACUUUACUCGGAAUUCUUUGAGGCCAUAAACCGCAGGGAUGAUACCUUCUAUGUGGUCUCCUUCAGUGCAGAUCACAUGCUACUGCCCGCACUCCACCAUAACAAAACGCGCCGCCCCAAGAUGUCAUUGAUACUGCCAUCCAUGUUACCUAAUGAUUCCUCGUCGACGAAGUCCGUGGUUUCGCUGAUGCAAAUCGACUGUGAGGUGCUGGACACCCGGAUGAUCCAUAUAAAGCAGGGCUCGAUACCUCAGAACUUCCGUAACCAAACUGCGUCGCCUACCACCCACGGUCCGGUACCGGAACCCGCGAGACACAACGUCACAAGUGAACCGCCCGCCGACCACUUCCGGCCUUAUUUCUUACGUAAAGGCAAGAACAGUAUAGGUGGCGCCGAACGCGGUUGAAUUUUGCCAUUAACCAAAUAGGUAAACUUAUAUUAAGUAAUUGAUUGUUUUAAACUAAUCAACAAUUAGUCGGAUGCGUGCGUCCGAAUAUUUUUAAAUCGAUUAAGGUUCACUUUUUUUGAUUCAAUGCAUCAAUGAGAAUUUACAUUAUUUUUUUAAUAUCAAUUAAUUUGAAAAAAAAAUAUAAAAAGCAAAA